CUUCCACCCCCAACAUACUGUUGAUCGCGCAUUGUGAUGUUUCCGUCGAAAAUGAUGCUCGUGCUUUGUCUGGCGGGCCUGAGCCUACUGGCAAUGUGUGCACAAGCCGACAACCACGCCGUGACGCUUGUGUCUACUCCAGUUGCGGACGAUGGUAGUCACGCAAGUCCCUCUGGCAAUGCAGAUAUCGUGAAGACUGCGAUUUUUGAGCCAUCCCACGAAUGGAAAGAAGUCCAGCCCCAUGAACAUAUUCCUGGCGGGUUGCAUGUCCGCAUCAACCUGCAGACCGGCAAGAAAGAAGCCAAGUACCUCGACAACGACGACGCUACGGCGGACGUAGCAGCAGUGCCACGCCGUCAUAAGCACGUCAUUUCGUCUACAGAUAUCUACCACUCCGACCCGACCGUUUCCUUGGAAGAUAAUGGACAUGCACACACCGACGAGAAUGGCGCUGUCGUUGACUCGAGUGGCAACGUGAUCGGGGAAUCCCUCUACAACGUUUUGGCUCAACUACCCGAACCUCCGCAGCUUGACGGCAUGAACAUCCACGAAGCGUAUGGCAAGCUGACAAAGGAAGAAUUCUCGGCGUUUAUUGCAAAGCUAUGGAAAGCGCGCCAAGAGGAGCUCAAAGAUGCGUCCGCCCAAGUUCGCGACGAAGUCAAGCACAUGCAGGAUCUCAUCGACACGCUCGUUACGCCCAAGACUGGCGACUUCGACGUGCAUGAGGCUAAUGUCGUGGACGCGCUGCAGAAAUUAGAGUGGGAGGUGCAGGACUUGGACAAGGCCAAGGACUUCUACACCCUCGGCGGCCUCGAAGCCACAGUGAAGCACUUGAACGCGUCAAGUUUCAAAGUUCGCACCAUGGCGGCGUGGGUUGUUGGGAGCGCCGUCAAGCACUACAAGCAGGCGCAGGAAUGGGCGCUACAAGCGGGAGCAAUGCCACUCUUGCUGCAGUCGCUCGCGAUUGACCCCAACAAAUCCACUGACGACGGCGACAUGCGGUCGGUGGUGCUCGCCAUGCAAAAGAAGAUGUUGUAUGCGUUGUCGGCGCUGACGGAAGCAAACGAGAAAGCCCAGCUUUUAUUCUUGAACAACAACGGGGUCGGGUUGGUGGCCAAGAUCAUCGGCGCGCCAGACCGACCCGUCGGGCUCCAACAUAAGGCCCUCCAGCUUGCGCUGCAUUACCUCUUGGAGUGUGAGGCCGCUGGUAACGACAAAACGUCACAUCCUUUGCACGCCCUGCACGAGGCGCUUCGUUCAAGCACCUUUUGCGACGCCACCAAGUCGUUUUUGCAAACUCGAAAGCUGAACGUUCGCCAGCAAGUCGACGCUAUCGACUUAAUUGCACUCCAACUGCCCGACUGCGCCUCGGUGUACGACCCGGUCCUACGCCCAACCAUCCACUUGAUGAACGCCACGUGGUUUGACGACCCUGACCUGGACAACGACUUCAAGGCAGAGAGCAUGCGCAAGUUGUCAUUGCUGUUGCGCGCGCUGCAGUUGGCGACGCCACGCGACGAGCUUUAACGAAAUCAAAUAAAUAUGUAUUGUUUGC